AGGAUGCCGUACUUAGGCUCGGAGGACGUGGUGAAGGAGCUGAAGAAGGCUCUGUGUAACCCUCACAUUCAGGCUGAUAGGCUGCGCUACCGGAACGUCAUCCAGCGAGUGAUUAGUAGAGUGGGAUGGAACCCAAGAAUCUGUAAUCUACAGAAUGAGGUCCAAGCUUACUGUAAGCACCCAGCGACCACCCUGCUGAUUCAGUUACUCCGAAAGAAUGCAGCCUUCUUUCCCACGUUGUAGCAUCGUCUCUCUGUCACAUCUGCCACGAACUCCUGCUCAUUCAGUCGAAGUAUUACUUCCUCUGAGAAGCAUUUUCUGGCUUCCUGUCUGGGUUGAACCUCUGGGUCCCCUCUGAACCUUGCACAUGACACAGGGCUUGGACGUGUCUGGUGUUUUCAUGGAAAUGGUGAAGGCCAGUGCCACUGUAGAUAUUGUUCAGAAGAAAUUGGUUUAUCUGUACAUGUGCACAUAUGCCCCCCUGAAACCAGAUCUGGCGCUCCUGGCCAUCAACACACUGUGCAAAGACUGCUCAGAUCCUAACCCGAUGGUGCGAGGGUUGGCACUACGGAGCAUGUGUAGCCUCAGGAUGCCUGGUGUGCAGGAAUAUAUCCAACAGCCCAUUCUCAAUGGUCUACGAGAUAAGGCUUCGUAUGUCAGGAGGGUAGCAGUCCUUGGCUGUGCCAAGAUGCACAAUCUUCACGGAGACUCUGAAGUGGAUGGUGCCCUGGUAAAUGAGUUAUACAGUUUGCUGCGUGACCAGGAUCCAAUUGUGGUUGUGAACUGCCUGAGGUCCCUAGAGGAAAUUCUGAAACAGGAAGGAGGAGUGGUCAUCAAUAAGCCCAUCGCCCACCAUCUCUUAAAUCGAAUGUCAAAACUGGACCAGUGGGGCCAAGCUGAAGUGCUGCACUUUCUGCUGCGCUACCAGCCCCGCAGUGAGGAGGAGCUGUUUGACAUCCUCAACCUGUUGGACAGCUUUCUCAAGAGCAGCAGUGCAGGUGUGGUGAUGGGGGCCGCCAAACUCUUCCUGAUCUUGGCAAAAAAGUUCCCUCACGUCCAGACCGACGUGCUUGUGCGAGUCAAGGGACCUUUGCUGGCUGCCUGUUCUUCCGAGAGCCGUGAGCUCUGUUUCGCUGCCCUGUGUCAUGUGCGCCAGAUCCUGCACAGCCUGCCAGGUCACUUUAGCAGCCAGUACAAAAAGUUCUUUUGCUCCUAUUCGGAGCCCCACUACAUUAAGCUGCAGAAAGUGGAGGUGCUGUGCGAGCUGGUGAACGACGAGAACGUGCAGCAGGUGCUGGAGGAACUGCGAGGGUACUGCACGGAUGUGUCUGCUGACUUUGCCCAGGCUGCCAUCUUCGCUAUAGGUAACAUUGCCAGGACUUACACAGAUCAGUGCGUACAGAUUCUUACAGAACUGUUGGAGCUGCGACAAGAGCACAUUACCACAGUGGUGGUGCAGACUUUCCGAGACCUGGUUUGGUUGUGUCCUCAGUGUACCGAAGCUGUGUGUCGGGCCCUGCCUGGCUGUGAAGAGCACAUUCAAGACAGUGAGGGCAAGCAGGCUCUUAUUUGGCUACUUGGAGUCCAUGGGGAAAGAAUCCCCAAUGCUCCUUAUGUGUUAGAGGACUUUGUAGAGAAUGUGAAGUCAGAGACGUUCCCAGCUGUUAAGAUGGAGCUCCUCACAGCACUACUGCGCCUCUUCCUCUCCCGACCUGCUGAGUGCCAGGACAUGCUGGGGCGUUUGUUACAUUACUGCAUAGAGGAAGAAAAGGAUAUGGCCGUGCGAGACCGUGGUCUCUUCUGUUAUCGCCUCCUCUUGGCUGGCGUUGAUGAGGCUAAGCGGAUCCUGUGUAGCCCGAAGUCUGACCCUUCUCUUCGUCUUCUGGAGGAUCAGGCAGAAAGACCUGUGAACAGCUGGGCCGCAGACUUCAACACGCUGGUGCCAGUGUAUGGCAAAGCCCGCUGGGCAGUGAUCUCUAAAUGCCAGGGACCAGAGCGUUGUGGCCCAGAGCUUCCCAACACUGCGUCAUUUGCCACAUCAGGACCCCUGAUUCCUGAAGAGGACAAGGAGAGGGGACAAGAUCUCCCUGAUUCUGGAGCCCUCAUGCUUGUCCCCGACUGCCAGCUUACUGCCGAGUAUUUUGAGAAAACCUGGCUGAGCCUCCAAGUUGCUCAUCAGCAAGUGCUGCCUUGGCAGGGAGCAGUCCAUCCUGACACCUUCCAGAUGGCUCUACAAGUAGUAAACAUCCAGACCAUCGCCAUGAGCAGGGCUGGGGCCCAGCCCUGGAAAGCCUACCUCAGCGCUCAGGAUGACACUGGCUGUCUCUUCCUAACAGAACUGCUCUUGGAGCCCAAGACCUCGGAAAUGCAGGUCUCAGUGAAACAGAGUGAGGCAAGGACUGAGACGCUGAACAGUUUUAUGUCUGUAUUAGAAACUGUGAUUGGAACGAUUGGAGAUCUAAAGUCCUGACAGAUCCUUGCCACUUUUCCUGAACGAGACAGACAGCUCGCAGAGUUCCUUAUCUCUGUCGUCAGAGCUGCUUGCAAGUCAGAUCGUAUCAGAGGCAAAGGAGGAUGGGAAAUCUAGGAAUCAGGAGUCUUAGAUUUUAGUCCAAAGACUGUUGACUUAUUCCUUUCAUACCCUUGGUGAUUGGCCCCAUUUUUUAAUGAUGGUGUUACAAAGCUCAGUGUUGGGAAGAGGGUGAGGUUGGGAUUGGGGGGUCUUUCCGAAUCUGUUUUAAGGACUGUGUUACUAAUUAAAGAUGGCUGCUCUCUGUGGAAA